AUGGCGGGUUCGAAGAAACCAGUUAACAUUUUUCGUUUGCGCAAUCUCGCUGACCCCAAGGAGGUCUUCAACUGGAGACUAUGGUUUGCCGUACUCUCCUUUGGCCUCAUGGGCGCUGCUCGUGGUGUCGAUGAGGGGUUGAUUUCGGGUGCUUUCAACUCCAAGGACUUUCAGCGCACUAUUCAUCUGGACUCGUACAGUGAGGUGGAACAGACUAACAUCAAGGCGAAUGUGUCUGCCAUGGUGCAGAUUGGUUCUGUGGGAGGGGCACUCUUUGCAUUCCUUGUGUGCGACCGUAUUGGACGGCUGUGGGCAACUCGCCAGCUGUGUAUCCUUUGGAUUCUGGGAAUUGCCAUCUUCAUGGGUGUUGGUGCCAACGGUAGCUUGGGUGCUGUUUACGCCGGUCGCUUCGUGGCCGGACUGGGGGUGGGCCAGACUGUAGUUGUAGGACCAGUCUACCUGGCUGAGAUCGCCCCUGCAUCGGUCCGCGGUCUCUGCACUUGUGUUUUUACCGGCUUUGUCUACCUGGGGAUUGUGCUCGCCUACUUCACCAACUAUGGCUGCCAAUUGCACAUGGGCGACCACACCCACAAGCGAUGGGAAGUCCCAACCAGUCUUCACAUUAUGUUCGCUGGUCUCAUCUUCCUCCUCUCUUUCGUUCAGUACGAAUCGCCUCGCUUCCUUGUCAAGAAAGGCAAGCCCGAAGAAGCGUUGAACAACCUCGCACGCCUCCGCAACCUCCCUCCGGACCAUGAAUACGUUGUGGAGGAGUUUACAGGUAUCCAGAAUGCCCACCAAGCGGAAAUGGAGGCUACCAUGGGUGCUGGCUGGUUAGGUAUUGUCAAGGAGGCCAUCAUGGUCCCGAGCAACUUGUACCGGCUGUACCUCGCCGCCAUGGCACAGCUACUCUCCCAAUGGUCCGGAGCGGGAUCUAUCACGCUGUACGCACCAGAUCUGUUCAGUCUCCUUGGCAUCACGGGUUCCAACGAGUCCCUGCUAGUGACAGCAGUGUUCGGUAUCGUCAAGCUGACUGCGGCGGUAAUCUGCGCUCUGUUCCUGGUGGAUGUGAUUGGUCGCAAACGUGCCCUACUCCUAGGUAUCACGUUGCAAGCUAUAUCCAUGAUCUACGUCGCUAGCUUCCUAACUUCUGUGCCGGAAAUGGGCAUCGUUGACGACUUUGUCCUGCCGGAGUCUAAGAGAGGUACUAGUCGCGGAGCCAUUGCUAUGAUCUACAUCUCCGGUGUAGGCUGGGCAUUGGGUUGGAACUCCAUGCAGUACCUGCUGACAGCGGAGCUGUUCCCACUACGCAUCCGCGCAUUGGCUACCUCUGCUGCCAUGACACUGCAUUUUGUCAAUCAGUAUGGUAACUCCCGAGCGGUGCCAAAUAUGUUGCUGGGUACUGCGGAAGGUGGCAUCACGCCCAAGGGCACGUUCUGGUUCUUCUCAGCUGUGACGGUGCUGGGUGGACUGUGGGUGUGGUUCAGUGUGCCUGAGACAGCAGGACGAAGCUUGGAGAGUAUGGACGGGUUGUUUGCAUUACCGUGGUAUCAAAUCGGACGGCAUGGCAACCGUGAUGCCGACCAGCAGGACCAGGUGGUGGCGGAUAAACAACAGCAGGUGGAGGAUGGAUUUGGAGGGGCGGAGCAUCGCGAGCGGGUGUAA